CAGUGUGGCAGAAAAUUGUGUUCUGGGAUGCUCCACAGAGACCAAAUGGGGAAAUUAUGUGUAUUUCAGUGUAUAAGUAUUGAACUGGACUUGCAUCUCAAAAUCAAUGAAAACUGAUGAAAAAUACUCUGAAGAAUGUGCCAUGGAAAUUGUCUUUUUUCAUAGGGGAAGGUAGAUAGUUGCUAGAGAAGGAGCUGUAAGCUCACACCCCACACCCUCUGGUACCACUUCCCUAUCGGGAAAGGCAGUGAGGAGGCAGUUUCACUCUAAUAGAAGGUUUUGAAAAUGUGGUGUAAUUCACACCCACUGAAAGUUGCACAGACAUAGCCAAGACUGGCCUAACUGCAGUGCUUAGCAAGGAGUCCUUAAAAACAGUUGAGGCAGUAAAAUGGUGCAUAUAGAUAAAGCGGAGCCAUAAAAUUACCUGAGAAAACCCUUGUCUCUGGGAAACAUGAAAAGCGGGUCAGCAUGCUUUGGUUUUGUAGACUAAGGUACACUGUCCAAAGUGUGACGCCUGAAUGUGCAGGAAACAACUGAGUAGAUAAAGGCAGGUGUAAGGAAAAGAGACUCAAGAGGUCACCAAUAAAGAGAAGCAUGUAAGUUUUACUGAAGUUGUUCCAACAGUGCUGUGUGUUUUGGAGUAAAAACACCAACAUUUUAAGAAUCAGAGCUCAAGUUACUUCUAUACUUCAAUAUUCUAUUCUUCAUUUUGGCCCAGAAAUUUAUGGGUUGUUUUUUCAAAACCAGUAUUCAGAUCCUUUCUGUUACCUGUCUUUGGUUGUCCACUAGCCUCGGCCAGUGCUCUGUUGCUGAAAUUGGAGCUUCUUCAGACCAUGCUUUUACUAAAGAAGACAUUUGCAACUUUGUAGUUCACCGUUAUUUUUUGAGUGUAAAACACUUUUUGCUCACAGUAAUCUCACAGUCUUUUUUCUCCUGUUCUGUUGUGACAAGCAUGGAUUGCAGGAGCAGAAGUACCAAACACAGUUCUGUACCUUUUCCCAGUCCACGUGCCAGCUUUUCCUUAUGCUCUACACAGGGACAUCUUCAGUGGAGUGAAAUGAUGUCCAGGAGUGCAGGACACAGAGCCCACCUUGUGACGGCCUCAUGCAGGACACCAGGGCUUAGGCCCAGUCAAUUGCUAAUCGCUAUUUUGCUCUUUUUUUGCUGUAAUUUUAUCUUUGCUGCUGGAGCUGUGUCUGAGGAUCUCGGGUGAGUCAGGAAGUGUCAGCAAUGCCUUCUGCCUAAGCCAACGUGCAGCCAGGCACAACAAAGUCUGGCUAAUUGAUUGUCGGAUGGCUUUGGUCCUCCCUCACUUCCUCAUUUCUGGGAAUUUGGGAGAGGGUGGCUGAUGAGGGAAUUCUGUUCUUUCUGCAUGUCUGAGUUUGGCCUAACUGACAGCAAGCAGACAGGAAGAAAUGGGUUUACUCGCACGUCUCGGCAAAUUUAGCACUCUCCUUAACUUUCAUUUUUGCCCUCACAUGGUCAGACUGGGAAAUUUUCCACCCUGCUCUGCGAUCGUUUGACAUUCAGUCUUCCACUGGAGAGCAGGACAUGGCAAACAAAGCAUUGCACUUUCCACACUAAACUGCUGCUUUAAACCUACCUUAAAUCUGCAGAAACUAAAAAGGAGUCCAGACAGGGGCUGGGAUCCUGCUUGUAUUUGCAUAUUUUCAAGUGCUAAGCCCUGGAUCUUUUAUUUUGCUUUUGGUAGAGUUGUUAUCCUCACUUUAUCAGGAACAUUUUGAAAUAAUAAAGAAGCCAGUGAAGAAGGGGCUACAGUUAACGGUGAAUAUCUUAAAGCCCUUAAAGGAAUAGUCAGAACACAAACCAAAAAAAAAAAAACCCACCAAAAAACCAGAGUUGGCAUAUUUCAAAGUUUAGGGGAAGAUUCAAACCAAACAAAUUUUCUUUGGGAAAUGAAAAACCAAACCAGUGUAAAAGAAGAUGACUGAUGAUAGACGAUGAGAGGACAUAUCUGGGAAGAGCAAUAGUUGUUAUUGUUAUUAACUGUACCUUGGUCAGAAACCACCAGACGUGAGGGAAGUCCUAACAAAUCUGAGAUGCCGAGUGUGUACAGGGGCUGCAGUAUUGUAUUUAUUGUGUGUCACGUGCAGCAGUGCUGCAAGAGACACAUCAGACAAUAGUUACAGUAGUUAGGAAAGGGAGUUAGAAAGAGCUCACUAAUAACCUAUGAAAUGUUGGAACAGUUGAACAUCUUUUUGGCUUCCAUGAAGUUGGGAAGAGCAGCCCUCGUUGUCAUCAACUUUGCCUCAGUGCAGUAGUUCUUCGAAGGCUCAAAAUGCUGUGAUUUCAGAGGAACAACCUUACAAGCAGAGCUUGAUUUGUAAACCUUUUCAGGAAUAUGACUUCUUGAGCUCAUGCAGAAUCUUGCAGAUAUGAUGUAUAUUACAAUAUCAGGCACAGAAUGUGACUCACUUGGAAGGAAAUUGCAGAGAGCUGAUUGUUGAGGCUACAGACCAUCAGACACUCAAAACAAAACAAAAUUUCACUCAAGAUGACAGCGUUGAAUAGGUUGAAGUCUGUUCUGAAAGGGCACCUCUUUCAUCAAAGUUAAUGCCAGGAAAGCAUCCCGUUUUUGCACUGAUAGGGCAAAGGAAGAAGUGUCUGUGCAAAAGCAGGAAAUAUGGGCAGAAUUGGUUUUCUGAAGGAAAAACCUUCCAAGCUCUGUAGAAUAUUUGUAGAAGGAGUGCCCAAUGAGCUUGUUUAGUUAAUCUCUGGUCCACCUGAGGAAUGAGUGAUUCUCUCUUGUUCUUACUGUACAGAGGUAGUUUUAUUAUUGAUUUCAAAUGAGUAAGAAAACAGGUCCUGUCUGAGCAACUGGAAUGAUUAAGCAGUUCCCUGAAUGGCUGUACCUCAGCCAAUCCUUUUAACAAUUCACCUGCAGAAAGAUGUUUCUCCUCCUCUGGUUAUCCCAAAUCUGAUUUUUCCUAUCCAAUCCCUGUGUGACCUUUCCUAGAUUUCAGCAGUCACAAGCACAGGGAAAUAAGGAGAGUGAAUACUUAAAUCUUAGAACCCACUGAAUUCAAAUAAACUUCUACUAAGAUAUGUUCUUUCUUACGGUUCUAGACUUUAGGAUUCUCCAUGUUCUAUAGACAAAAGAGGUUAAUAGGAAAGAGAAGCAUGCAAAGAGAACUUUUUUAACCCUGCUACAAAGUAGCAAAUGCAAAGAAGAAUGUAAGGGCAGAAUUUUCUCUCAUGGCAUUGAGUGGCACAGGUCUCACACAUCAUUUCUGCCUGCUGAUUACAUCUGCCUGAUGACUGGAAUAUUUUAAACAAAGGGAUUCACCUCCUAAUUCUGGUGAGAGGAAAGGCAACACAUUAAAGAAAAAUCCAGUUGUGAAAAUUCAUGAGCGGUGGAUGCUAAGCAGCACAGGCUUGAUAAGGGCAAGCAGGUGAGUGCUCGGAAAGCUCAGGUCUGUUUAUCAAGAGAUUCAUCUCUAGCAGUCCUGGAUGGGAUGCACACAGGGGAUCUCGUGCAUGAACACGUGUGUACAGCACUUGCUUUGCCUCUAGAAAUGCUUUACACAAUCACCUAAUGCUCAUUUUCAAAUAGAGAAGCUAGACACAGAGGGAAGAAAACACCUUGUCCAAGCUUGCCCAGUAAAAGAGUGACAGAUGAGAAAAGAAACAUGCAUUUCCUCAUUUCCCUGGCUGCCUUAUGCCUCAUUUCUGUAGAUCUUUGGUCAGCAAUGAUAAAUCUUUCCCUAGUUAUCAGCAUACUUCAUUUGAUUAUAUUAGUCAGCAGAUUUAUAAGUCAUCUUUAAUUUAUAAACAGUUUCCUUGGCGUAGCCAUACGUAACAUCAAUAAACAAAUAAGGGAGGUCAAAAUCCUUGUUGGGGCACUGUCGGGAACCACACUCAUGGGCUGCAGGUGCCUGACAGCACUGGGCACAGCUGCCAGCCCUGUCCCAAGGGGGUUCUGCCUUCCAGGCUGCAGGGAGAAGCCAGGUUUUGUAAAAUGUAUGUGUCCACGUGUUGUCUGACAUUGAAAAUCAGCUCAGCAAUCCCAUCUUCCUCAUCCAGCUGUCCCCCUGAUAGUCCCACAAAUAGCAUGGUUGGAAUGGUUUGUACUUCAGGAAGUUGUAGUUCCUUCCAGUAUUCCCAAUAUUUUGUUCAACAACAGGCAGAACAGGUAGCUCUGGUAAGCAAGAAAUUCUACAAAUACUCUAUUGAGAAAAAUCCUUUAAAACUUGAUCAAAGGGAAGGAAGUAUAUGUAUGUGAAACUUAAAGUACCUGUCCUUAGUUACAAGCAUGUGCUUAAAUGCUUUCCUGGCCUGUAUUGUAAAGCUCUACAGAUCUAUAACAUUUCUCUUGAAGUUGCUCGCUCUCUUCCUACAGCUGUAGGUGGUGUACAGGAGGGUGCCUGGAGACUGGCCACACAGGGGUAAAAGCUUGACGAAGCCCUUCAGCAUUUAUUUCUUUUAAUUUUAACACUGUGUGCAAGGCUGCAGUGUUCAGUGCAAUACCCUGCCCUUUCAGGAGCCCAAGCAGGAGUCAAGGCUGCAGCCGAGGGGAGGAAUGCUGACAGCAGCAGGAGCUGCCCCCUCCCUCACACUGGUUAUGUAAUGCUGCUCACGCAGCAGCCACGCACCCUCCACUUCUGCAAGCAAUACAGCACAAGAAUCAGGGGAAUCCCCGAUUUCACUAUCCAUGUCCAGCCCUGCUCAGAGCUAUUUUGCAUAUAUGGUCGUGCACUAUAAAAUGGUUUUGCCUCCUGGGAGGGAUACAGAGCCUGAGAGGUGAAAGGCAAGAAACUCUGACAGAGAGGAGUCUCUCCUGGCAGGGCUGGGACACCUCUCACAAAGUUUUGCACGGUAAGAAGCACCAUGUCCAGGUGUUCAUUCUGUCGUUCAUUUACUGCAGCUCACAGAUAAUUAUAUGGCAAACUGUAUCUUUUUUUCUACAGUAGGAGCAAAGUGUCAGGCUCAGUCUCCUGCUCUAGUUCCAAGCUGUCCAGCUGCUCUGAAAACUUUGGUCCUCCUUUCUGCUGAUUUAAAGGUCUGUGCAUGUAACAGGUAACACUGUCAGUGCUGUCCGCUGAACCCCGCGGCGCAGGACACACAGCAGCUUCUUGCUCUGAGAGCCAGGGAAGGCAAUGUGAGUCUACUCUCUUUCUUUUUCUUUUUAUUAUUAUUAUUAUCUUUCUUUUUUCAUGUUAUUGUUUUACAUCUUUUUCCUCCUUUUCUUCCUUUUCCUCCUUUUCCUCCUUUUCCUCAUUUUCCUCAUUUUCCUCCUUUUUCUUCCCUUCUUUGUUUCUUUCUUUUCUUUCCCCUGUCCAUUUCUUCUAUCUUUUCCCCCUGUAUUUUACAAAAUUGUAUAGGCACAUCACAGCAUUUUUUAUUGCAGAAUAAUAAUUUAGAUUUUCUUUUUCCUAUUUUGUAACUGUAUAGAAAUGCUUAUUGCACAUUAUUUCUCUCACCCAGAGUAGCAAAAAAAUCCUAACACCUUGCAGUUUCUGCACAGUUGGACAGAUUUCUCUUCUUAUGUGACAUUACAGCAGAAAGUAUCUUCAGAGCCCAGCAAAUAUUUUUAACUUCUACUAUAAAAGUAAUAUAAAUAUCAAAAUAAGGCAUAAUUUACUUCAGGAAGAUAUCUAUUUUCUUCCUUUGUCUCUAAUUUCUUGGAAACAUCAGGUUUUGAUUUCUGUUAUGAACCAGAUUCAAAUGCUAGGGCUAAAUCUCUCUAACCUUGCAAUUUACUGGCUUGAUUCUUCUCUUCUGUCACACCUUCCCUAGCACAAAUCCAUCUUGUGUUCAGAAAUGAGCAGAAAAUGUAUGUUAAAAUGAAUAGCAUAAACUUUGUACACUCUUGUGUAAAUGUUAUGUGUUGCAUUGAAAUAAGUGCUACAGCUCUUAGAAACCACAGACCUCAGCCUCUCAGAAUCCUGUUUGUCUCUAACAGGUGGAUACACUGCAAACUGGUUUAGUUCAUUUAUGAACAAGAUUUUUUUCGUUACUGUGUGACUAACAGAGCAAGAUUUCACAUCCUUUUUCUAAGCUUGUGGUCUGCUCAGACUCCAGUAUUUGCUGCUUUACACACCUCGGGGUCAUCUGGAAUUCUCUUGCCAGUAUUUUAGAUUAGUACAUGGCUGCACGUAAAGUGUUAGUUUUAGUAUCACUGUCCUAAGAAAUAAGUGAUUUUCAUUUUAAACACAGGAUGUUAGUUAGAGCAGAUCAGUUACGCUGUGAGUUCCUGAGAGAUGUUAAAGGGAGUUGCCUUCUUGGGUAGAAACUGACCUUGUUGGUUUUUUAUGUCCUUAGAAGUGUUCCCACAUCACACAAAACAAGGUUGCAGCACACUGAAGUAAAACCACAAAAAAAGCAUACAAAAUGCUGUGCCCGUGGCAUUUUGUGUUCAAAACUCAUGGUGCCAAGAGCCGGCACCCCAGAGAGAAGGAUAUCAACAACAACGUGGAGAAAAACAGGAAGAUCCAUGGGCCAGAAAAGGAGGAUGCCAAAGUGCCCGGCCCAAGCAAGCAGAUGGAGAAGCCACCUAUUGUAACCUCUGCAAAGGCCAGUGAGGGAGGAGAGAAUCUCUCUCCAAAUGGCAUCAAAGUUUCAAACCAAAUAUCAGGAUGCCCAAGACAUGUAAGUGUAAGAAACUUGGAAAAUGGAUCCAGCUUUCUUGACACACUACACCUGACUGCAAAAGAGGUUAUCAAUUGCCGGACCAAAGCUUGCCAAGGGUCACUCAUGACUCCAAAGGGCCUGGUGAGAGGUACCAGAGAUGGGCCAGUUCCACUGGAAGAACUUUUACCUCAGGCAAUAGACUUCCUCAAGCAGUACUACAGUUCAUUUAAAGAGCCAAAAAUCGAAGAACAGCUGGGCCGGCUGGAAGCAGUGACCAAGGAGAUAGAGACAAUGGGAACCUAUCACCUGACCAAGGAGGAGCUGACCUUCGCUGCCAAGCAGGCCUGGAGGAACGCGCCCAGGUGCAUCGGGAGAAUCCAGUGGUCCAACCUGCAGGUGUUUGAUGCACGGGACUGUAAAACAGCCAAGGAAAUGUUUGAGCAUCUCUGUCGUCAUAUUCAGUAUGCCACAAACAAUGGUAAUCUAAGGUCGGCCAUCACGGUGUUCCCGCAGCGCACGGACGGGCAGCACGAUUUCCGUGUGUGGAACAGCCAGCUGAUCCGCUACGCCGGCUACGCCAUGCCCGACGGCGCCGUGCUGGGGGACCCUGCCUCUGUGGAGUUCACUCAGUUGUGCAUCGAGCUUGGGUGGAAGCCGAAAUAUGGCCGCUUUGAUGUACUUCCACUUGUUCUCCAAGCAAAUGGCCAAGACCCAGAAAUAUUUGAAAUACCUCCAGAAAUUGUCCUCCAAGUGCCAAUGGAGCAUCCAAAGUACGAGUGGUUUAAGGAGCUGGACCUGAGGUGGUAUGCGCUGCCUGCUGUGGCCAACAUGCUGCUGGAGGUGGGAGGGCUGGAGUUCACCGCCUGCCCUUUCAACGGCUGGUACAUGGGCACGGAGAUCGGAGUGCGGGACUUCUGCGACGCGCAGCGCUACAACAUCCUGAGGGAGGUAGGGAGGAGAAUGGGACUGGAAACAAACAAACUGUCAUCAUUAUGGAAAGACCGAGCUGUUGUAGAGGUCAAUGUGGCUGUGCUUCACAGCUUCCAGAAGCAGAAUGUGACCAUCAUGGAUCACCACUCGGCCUCGGAGUCCUUCCUGAAGUACAUGCAGAGCGAGUACCGCGCGCGCGGCGGCUGCCCCGCCGACUGGGUGUGGAUCGUGCCUCCCAUGUCAGGCAGCAUCACCCCCGUGUUCCACCAGGAGAUGUUGAACUAUGUCCUCACUCCCUUCUAUUACUACCAGGUGGAUGCAUGGAAAACACAUGUGUGGCAUGAUGAGACGCGGAGGCCAAAGAAAAAAGAAAUAAAGUUUAGCGUCUUGGCAAAGGCUGUGCUCUUUGCGUCCUCGCUCAUGCGACGAGCACUGGCCACCAGGGCCAAGGUCACGGUGAUCUACGCGACAGAGACGGGCAAGUCCGAGACACUGGCCAACAACCUGUGCAGCCUCUUCAGCUGUGCCUUCAGCACCAAGAUUAUGUGCAUGGAUGAGUACGACAUUUGUGACCUGGAAAAAGAAACACUUCUUUUAGUGGUUACUAGCACUUUUGGAAAUGGAGAUUCUCCAGGUAACGGAAAGACCUUGAAGGACUCCUUGCUCAGACUGAAACUGCUAAGAAAUAAAAUUAGAUACGCCGUGUUUGGUCUGGGCUCCACCAUGUACCCAGAGUUCUGUGCCUUUGCUCACACCAUUGACCAAAAACUGGCCCAGCUCGGGGCUUCCCAGCUCACGCCAGUGGGUGAAGGGGAUGAACUCAAUGGGCAAGAGGAAGCUUUCCGCAGCUGGGCAGUCAAUGCUUUCAAGACUGCCUGUGACAUUUUUAACAUCCGUGGGAGAGACAGUAUUCAGUUGCCUGAGAUCUACACCUCUGAGGAAGGCUGGGACCCUACCAAUUACAGGCUAGUGCCUGAAUCCCAGCCCAUGGACCUGGCUAAAGCUCUUGCAAGCAUUCAUGCCAAGGAUGUAAUUCCCAUGAAGCUGAAAUUCAGGCAGAAUCUUCAAAGUUUGAAGUCCAGCCGUGUUACCAUUCUGGUUAAACUUCACUGUGAGACUGAUCAGGAAGUGCACUACCUUCCCGGGGACCACAUCGGGAUUUUCCCAGGCAACCAGGCAGAACUGGUCCAGGGCAUUAUUGCCCGUGUCAAGGAUGCCCCUCCAGCUGAUCAGACCAUCAGGCUGGAAACCUGCGUUGAUGGUGGAUACUGGACAAGUCACAAAAAGAUUCCAGCCUGCACACUACACGAGGCUCUGACAUACCUGCUUGAUAUCACUACUCCACCCUCCCAACAGCUGCUAAAAAAGCUCUCCCAGCUGGUGAGAGCAGAAGGAGACAAGCAGAGGCUGGAGGUGUUGUGUCAGAGCACCGAAGAAUACAAUAAAUGGAAGUUUUACAACAGCCCAAACAUCCUGGAGGUCCUGGAGGAGUUCCCCUCUGCUGAGGUCUCCACAGCUUUCCUGCUGACUCAGCUGCCACCUCUGAAGCCCAGGUACUAUUCUGUCAGUUCCUCCUGUGACAUGACAGCCAGAGAGAUUCACCUGACAGUUGCAGUUGUAAACUACAGGACAAGAGAUGGAGAAGGGCCUUUGCACCACGGAGUCUGCAGCACGUGGCUGAACACAAUAGAGCUCAAUGAAACCGUUCACUGCUUCAUCCGCAGUGCUAAUGAGUUCCACCUCCCGGAGGAGCCAGCCAAGCCCUGCAUUCUGAUCGGGACUGGCACAGGGAUCGCUCCCUUCAGGAGCUUCUGGCUGCAGCGCCUCUAUGACCUGGAGCACAGAGGGCUCAGAGGAGGGGACAUGAUCUUACUGUUCGGCUGCCGGCAGCCAGACCUCGAUCACAUCUACAGAGAGGAAACUGAGGAAAUGAAGAGGAAGGGAGUCCUGAGCGACAUCUACACAGCUUACUCCAGACUGCCUGGCCAAGAGAAAGUGUACGUCCAGCACAUCCUGCAGAGGCAGCUGGAGGCGCGUGUGUGCCAGGCGGUGCACGGGCAGCAGGGCCACGUGUUCGUGUGCGGGGACGUGCGCAUGGCGCGCGACGUGGCCCAGGCGCUGCAGGCGCUGCUGGCGCGGGCGCUGCGCCUCAGCCCGCAGCAGGCAGAGCAGUACCUCCAGCAGCUCAAGAGCCAAAAGCGAUACCAUGAAGAUAUAUUUGGGGCUGUGUUCCCACAAGAAGUCAAAAGAACUUCGCAACCCACCAGCUGAAGAACAAAUCCACUUGUGUUUUAGACAAUAUUUGCACAUUUGUUGUUAUUUUCAAAAAACAAAGAGUCAAAUCCUCCUUCUUAUACUUGUUCAGUCGUGCACAUGUAUAGAAUUGUAGGAUUUGGCUCUUGAACCUCAGCCUUAAUUAAGUAAAAUAUUAAAUUUAACUUCUGUUGCUAUUUAUUCUGGCACGCUUUUAAUACAUUAUCUUAAUAGUGAAAGUGGAAAUUAUUUUUUUAAUACCAUCUAUGCUAGUAUAAAUCUGGUGGGUUUUGUACAUAUGAGGAAAAUGUAGCAUUUUGUACUAAGUUAACUAGAGCUGAAAUCUUUUUUUGAAAUGUACUGUUUAUGUUUGUGACCUUAUUUAUAUCAGAUUGGUUUACUUGCAUGUUAUCUUCACUUGAAAGCAAGUGAAUGGGUGGUUGUGUUGCUGGGAGUUGUCUGGCCAUGUGCCUGGAUCUGGAGCAAUGUUUGCUGAUGAGAUGAUAACAGUGUGCUGGUCCCCAGGCAACACCUGCUGCACACACCUGAGAUGUGUCUGCUCAGCAGGUGGCAGUGGUGAAUUCUGCCUUGUGGGACUCAGGUACAUGAACCCCAGCUGCUGUUGUUGUUGUAACAGAGUCUACAGCAGGAAGAUUCCAAAAAUUCCAAAGCACUUUGUACAUUUGAAUUCUAUGCUCUGGUUUACUUGAGUUGUUUGUAAUAAAAUCUGCCUUUAU